GAGUCUGCGCGGCUCCAUCUGUCGGCCAGCGCUUCGUAUGCGAAAUGAGAUGGGCCAAGUGGGUGGGUGUACUCUGUACGUUGGAUCGCAGUCAUCCUAUCGAACGGCCAUUCAAUGGGGGCGACGGCCAAGCAUCGUUCUUGGGAGUAGAUCAAUGCAUGCCCAGCAUUUCUGGGCUUACACCUUCUUGCUGUCCGUGCUUGGCUUUGCUCUUCCAUCGUUUUCCUUCUUCUCAUCAUUAUCAUCAUCAUCAUCAUUCAUUGCUAAACGGCGCUUUCAUUCUCUCGGGUUCGUUUGACGCAGUUUGAACAGCAGCGCGAGCCAGCGCAACCACCAGCAAAUCCAACACGGCGGUCGCAUCGAGACAUGCGCCUGUCGAGCCAGUAGCCACAGGCAUGUUAACACAACUUCAAGGACGCCCCGGUCGUCGCUACCUCGCCAUCGUUCUCUUCCUCGUCGUUGUCGUCUUCCUAUGGCCCAAUUUUAGCUCCGGUCCAGUGGAAUCCGAUUCGUUCGACAGCACAUCCCCCGAGUCGGAUGACGAUGGAGCAGCGCUGAUUGCUCCCGGUGCCAAAACGCUCGACAGCUUCAAGUACAUACCGAGCACGUACGACUGGAGCAAAGCCGAGCAGUUCCAUCCCGUGGACCAGCAGUUCAAGCUACCGACCGGCCAUGCGAUCAAGUUUCCCCGCAUACAAGCUCGGUCGACGAGCAAGAUCCUCAAGGACAAUAUCUCGGCGUCGAGGAAGCAGACAAUCAAAUCCAAGUUUAUCAAGAGCUGGGAGGCCUACAAGAAGCAUGCGUGGACGGAAGACGAGCUGAUGCCGCUGUCGGGCAAAGGCAAGACCUCAUUUUCAGGAUGGUCGGCUCAGCUGGUCGAUGCGCUCGACACGCUCUGGAUUAUGGAUCUGCAGGAUGAAUUUCGACGUGCCGUCAAGGAGGUUGCGGUCAUUGACUGGGCCAAGCCCAGCGAUCCCAAGAUCAACCUCUUCGAGGUGACCAUCAGGUACUUGGGAGGCAUCCUAGCAGCGUACGACCUCUCUGGCGAGGCCGCACUGCUAGCCAAGGCUGUCGAGUUGGGCGAUGCCUUGUACAGUACAUUCGACACACCCAACCGCCUGCCCUCGCAUUGGCUUUAUUACGAGACAGCACGUCAAGGUCAGCAGCAAGCCGACACGAGCAUGUCCGGCGCGGCGGGCGGCUCGCUGUGCGUGGAGUUUACACGCCUGAGCCAGCUCACAGGCAAUGACAAGUACUACGAUGCGACAGAGCGCAUCAAGCAGUUCUUCUACCGCUCCCAGAACAAGACGGCCCUUCCAGGGCUGUGGCCCCACGACAUGAACUACCGCGAGGAGAUUGUCGAUGACACGAGGUUCAACCUGGGCGCAGGCAUGGACUCGCUAUACGAGUACCUCCCCAAGAUGCACCAGCUUCUCGGUGGCCAGGAUCCCGAGUAUCAGGAAAUGGUGGUGACGGCUCUUGAUGCCGCAAAGGCCAAUGUCCUCUUCCGUCCCAUGACGCCCACCGAUGCCAACAUCCUCAUGGCCGGCAACGUCGUGGUGAGGAACGGCCAGGCCAAGUUGACAGCCGAGAUGGAGCAUCUCACAUGCUUCAUCGGGGGCACGUACGCACUCGCUGGCCGACUCUUUGCGCGUGAGGACUACAUUGACCUUGCCUCGCGCCUGACGAAUGGUUGCAUCUGGGCAUACGACAACUUUGAGACCAACAUUAUGCCUGAGUCGUCCGAGCUCGUGGCGUGCCCGACCCUAGAUGGCCCUUGCGAGUACGACAGCAGCCGGUUCCCCGCCACGCGCAGCUCACACCUGCCCGACGGCUUCGUGAGGGUGAAGGACUCUCGGUACAUGCUCCGACCCGAGGCCAUCGAGAGCGUCUUCUACAUGUGGCGCGUCACGGGCGACCACGCCUGGCGCGAGGCCGCAUGGCGGAUGUGGGAGGGCAUUGUGAAGGAGACGGAGACGGAGCUGGCCUUUUCAUCGAUUGCCGAUGUCAAAGUCCACGCGAGCACAAAGUCUGACUCCAUGGAGACAUUCUGGAUGGGCGAGACGCUCAAGUAUUUCUACUUGAUCUUCGAUGACGAGAGCACAAUCAGCCUCGACGAGUGGGUUCUCAACACAGAGGCGCAUCCCUUGCGACGGCCAACUUAGAGUGCAGUGUAGUAUGUAAAAGGCGUAACUGGGGGCAAUUGAUGGUCUGUUGAUAUACAGAGGAUUUGAUCGCAACACAUGGGGCACCUCUAAUUGAGAGGUGUCUGUAUAUAUAGACGAGCCCGACGCAAUUACAACCUACAGCUCAUCUACUACUUAUUUACUUCCAUUGGCGUACUUAUUGCUAUCGUUCCAUGAAAAUGUAUUGUUCUACGUUUUA